CAUCAAAGAUGGUCCCCAUUGUUCGACUGAGCACAAGUUUGCUCUGGUUCUCGUUUCUGUGCAGCGCUGUAAUUGCGAAAGCAAUUCCACAGAGGAUGGACAACUCCCCAAAGAAGCUUGCUAUUCCAGCUGCGAACUGGGCGGCAAAUGCGGCGGCGGCAUAUGCAAGAUAGGGUCGUUGGCCGCAAGGUCGGACCUCUUCAGCCGUAUGGUUGCCAAUGUCUCCGACGACCAUCUUAUUUUCGGGGAUAAUCCGUUGCGCAAGAGGACGUUCCGGUUCUCCCACGACCAGAACGCGCCUAUCACCGCCAAGAAGAGGCCGAAGAAACAGGAAUCCCUCGAUUAUGUGGUCCCGAUUCUCAACUCCAACGACGGGGAAGACACGUAUUUUGGACCAGUGUUGCCGCUGUUUCAUGCAAGAGGAACACCCGCUGCGGACGAGCGAGCAGUUAGUGUGUUCAGAGAAUUCGGGGACGAGCCAUUUCAGAUUGGAACCAAUGGGCUCAUGGGAUGCAGCAUAGUUCUUCUGGUCUCAAAUGAAGCAGUGUGGAUGUCACAUCUUUGGGAGGCCUACUCGAAUGGUGGCGAUGACUCGAAGUCAAAUAAUGCAUUCUACGAGCGAGUAGUCCAGUUCAUAAAAGGGCAGCCAGUGAAUAAUCCUUCACCAUCACCGAUAAUGGACAAUGAACCAUGGCGACUGAAGGAAAACAAAGGAAGCAAUCCCAACAAGAUCUAUAUUUCGCCAACUGGACCUGGGAUUGACGGUACCAAGUUCCCUUCAGGCAGGGGGCAAAACACACUCUUGUUUAUAAUGGCCCCUACUGCACGUGGUGCGACAAGCAAUUCUGCUCCACUCCGAUACCCGAAUCACGUUGAAAGCAUGAAGACGGCGGUCGCUGAACAGCUGUCCAAGAAACCCGGGUAUAAAGAAGUCAGAUACGUCACCCUCGAUCCCGACAAUGUCCCCGGCGACGAAGACAAGAUGUUUAACUCACUUCGAGGAACCGCUCUUUUUCAGUAUGAUCCUAACAGUGACGGGAAAGGCAGGAGGGCGUGGCGUCUGUGGCUGGAGGGAGAAUAUACCGAAGUACAGCUGAGGUAAUGUGCGCGCAUGUGGCCUUCCAUGCGAGUCCGAAGGUGGAUGAGCGUGUUACGGCUCCAAUAUUUUGUCCGUAGUUCCGCGCGGCGGAUUGAAGAGUAUAAUACAAGAAUGUCAAAUACAAGACGUGGCUGUUGUUGGUAUACGAUUAAACUGGACCUUGGGAGUAAAUUGAUGCAUGUGACUGGGCGGGCGGAAAGAUACCAAUCAUGCUACAUGGUCAGCACUCCAGCAUUCCUUCUUACUGUACUACGUUCUCUUCUUGAC